GAGAUGAUAACAAUACAAAUUUGUUAAACAUUGAGGCCCAUUGCGAAGCGGGGCUAAAACCAGCUAGUUUAACUUAUAACUAAAAAAGAAUAAAUGAAAUGUAACAACAGAAAAAAUAUUAAAUUAAUGGUCAAUAAUAAUAUCCAUUGGGUUUAUCAUAUACUUCACAAAUCAAAUCCAGAUUCCAGAAUGAGCUAGUAUAAAAACACAGUUAUCUUCAGAAAUUGAUCUGAUCUGAUCGAUUAUCAUCAACCUCUUGACCAAUUUCACGUAUCGUUUGUAUCUAUAAUAAUCCGAAGUUUCCCUUGGAAGAAAACAUUCGAAUCGAUCAAUGGAUUUCUCGGAAUUGUGGGCAAUAUUCGGCCCCGGCGUCGCCGGCGCCGUCUUUGGAGCCGGUUGGUGGUUUUGGGUGGACGCCGUCGUGUGCAGCUCCGUUCAAGUCUCGUUUCUUCACUACCUCCCUGGAAUAUUUGCAUCUUUGGCUGCUUUGAUGUUUAAUUGUGUUAGAAGAGAUGAUAUUGAUUAUUCUCCUUAUGAAGAAGGCGAAUGGAGGUUGAAACUUUGGCUUUUUCUAGCGUAUGUUGUAUCGUUCGUCUCAUUGGCCGCAUCAGUAGGGUUGUUGAUACAAGAUGCACUUGUGCCUGAAGGCCCUUCAGCUUGGACAGGAACUGCUGGUGUUUUGCAGUGUGUGCUUGUGUUAAUCAGUGGACUUGUUUAUUGGACAUCUCAUUCCGAACAAUAGUCAAGUCUUCAUUUCAUUUCAAGGUGUGAUCAUUUGUGGGUUGUUAUAUUAUGUUUGUACAUGUCUGUUGAUGAUAGUGAGACAACCUUUGACCUUGUUAAGGUAAAAGUGAUUGACCGAAUUAUAUUUGCAACUCUUGUUUUCUUCUGUGUGCUUUAUCACCCUUUUGUUUUGUAUUGAAAGGAUAAAACAUAAUGUACAGAAUCUUAAUAUUA